AUGAAGUUUCUUCCAGACGACCUGAAUUGUAUCCUCACCCUGCCUUUCAACAGAGGAUACGAUGUAAGUUUUUGUUCCGCCGCACUACUGAAAGAUUUUUGGACACGUUACGAAAACGCUAAGACCCAGUUUUCAGCAUUUGAGGUUGAGGAACUGACUGACAACUCCCUGAAAACGGUGAUUGUCAGGAUGUUUAAUGAGACGGUCAGUGCUGAAGAUAUCAGUGGGUCGAUUGAAAUAACAAGAAGAGUAAAACAGCGACUGGGAUUCUGGGGGAUGAGGAACCUUACGAUAGAAGGAAAGAUUUUAAUAGUUAAAGCUGUGAUUUUAACAGUGUUUUUACUCACCAGUGCUGUUUUUAUCCCUCCUAAGAGAGUGGUUUUAGAACUACAACGAGCCAUUUUUUAUUUCAUAUGGAACUCUAAAUGGGAAAGGAUAAAAAGAGAAAUCAUGUACAAACCCAAAGAAAAAGGAGGAAAAGGAGUCCCAGACCUUCACUUGUUUUUAGGCAGCCAUUAUACGAGCACGCACCUGAAACAAGCAAUGAACCUUUCCAGCAAUAACAAAACAAACACGAUGACCAGAUUCUGGUGUGGGUCCUAUCUUAGAAAACUAAAAAUGAUAAAAAGUGAUUUUAGAACUCCAGUAGCUUUUAACCUUCCUCCAGCAUAUGCUUUUAUACGGAAAUUUUUAGAACAUUUUAGAUUGGAAGGAGAGGAGAGCAAGAUUUUAACAAAUCAUCGUCUUAUUAUUUCUGUUGUGCAGGGCCGGGAACCAGUGACUCCAGUGCGCGGCCUCCUGUAUGGAGAUGCCUCCACCGUUUGGCGCAACGUGAGCCAUCCCGUCCUUUCAAACAGACUCCAGGACCUGUCAUGGAUGGUGGCUCAUGGGAUCCUGCCAGUCAGAGCCGUUAUGCACUCCCGCGGCAUGUCUGCAACGUCCAUCUGCCCCCGACCCGGUUGUGGCGCGCCGGAGUCGGUGAGGCACCUGCUGUGGGAGUGCAGCGCUGCUGUGGACCUGUGGGCAAAAGCCGGCUCCUUGCAAUUCCCACACUUGCCAGCAAAGGAGGUCCUCCAUGGGCAGCUAGUGCUGUACGGGGUGAGCCAGCAGAAAAUAACGAAAAAGGACUUUGCUGAGAUCUGGCUCACCCUAGCCACCAUCAAAGACGCCAUUUGGACCUCCAGAAACUUGCUGGUGAGCAGGCGCAGGCAGAUGCCCCCCGUGGCUGUGAUCCGGAUGGCGGCAGCAAAAAGAACAACAUCAAGGGCUGCAGGUGGCGCGCCAAGGACACAGCCACCAAGAAGAAUCGCCUGCGCCUCCGUGGACGAAGGAGCCGGCGCUCCACGAACAGAGGUCCAAGCAGCGGCGGCCUGGCUCUCCGGGUGAGGCAGGAGGGAAGGAGCUUCAGGGCAGGUUUCCCCUCUGAGCACCAGCGCUGUUUGGAAGGACGGGACGGCUCCGGACUUGGGAAGGGGUCACCCCGGUCCUGCUCAACUUUUAACGCACAGAGAU